GAUGUUUUUUCAGUCCAAUACAACAAGAGAGUUCCUUGUCAGUAUUUCUUGAGAGUGACUUAUAUCUUUCACUCUUUGAGACAGUUCUAGUUUUUUUUUCUCUGAUCAAUAAGAGAGAAUUCAAGUUGUGCGAAAGAAUUAUUAUCAAUCUUGAAAGGAAUUGAGAGCACAUACAUACAGAGACAGGUUAUGUCUACUUCUCUUGCUCAUUUUCUUCAUCUUCCCUUCCUAGUUUUGAUUCUUCUACCAACAAUAUCCAUUGCUCAAAAUGUAACUUUAGGUUCGUCUUUAACAUCUGGUGGUAUUGCAAACUCUUCAUGGCUUUCACCGUCUGGCGGUUUCGCGUUUGGCUUCCGUCUAACUGAAGACAACAGCCGUUUCCUGCUUGCAAUCUGGUUUGACAAAAUACCUGAUAAAACCGUAGUUUGGUUUGCAGAUGGGGAUUUACAAAUUCCAAGAGGAUCCAAAGUUGAGCUGACUACACCUGACGGUAAACUUAUUCUUACGGAUCCUCAAGGCAAGGUACUAUGGACAGCGGGAGACCAAGUGACUGGCACUACAUAUGCAGCCAUGCUUGACAAUGGGAAUUUCGUUCUUGCACGUGGGCGGAAUUCUUCUGAUUACUUGUGGGAGAGCUUUAUGAAUCCUACAGAUACCAUCUUACCAACACAGUUCAUGAAUAUAAAUAGAAUAGACUUUAAGCUUUCUUCACGUGUGAAUGAUACAACAUAUUCAAAAGGAAAAUUUAGGCUCCGAAUGCACGAAAAUGGAUAUUUUGCACUCUACCAAGUUGCUUUUCCAAGUCUGACAGAAAAUGAUUACGAGGGUUACUAUAAUGAUUCUUGGUCAAUAGGACGUAACCUUAAUGAUAGCCAGUUUGUCUUCAAAGAAUCAGGUGAUAUUUACAUUGCAACUAGAAAUGGAAGCAUUCAAAAUCUCACAUGGAGUCCCAUAUCCCCGUCUAGUGGGCUGUAUUACAGAGCGACACUCGACUUUGAUGGAGUUUUCACACAGUACUCUUACCCAAAAACUUCCAGCGGUUCGAUCCAAAGCUGGGCCAUUGAGCGAAUACUCCCUCAAAACAUUUGUCUCUCGGUUUUUAGCAGAUUUGGCAGUGGUGUAUGUGGAUAUAGUAGCUAUUGCGACAUCACAGCGAACGGAAGGCCUACUUGUCUAUGUCCACCUGGGUAUGAGUUACUUGAUCCAAAUAACAGAUAUGGUGGUUGCAGACCAAUUCUAAUUCUACAAGGAUGCCAGGAAAAAGACACAAAGAAUCCAGAGGAUCUAUUUGAGUUCAAGACCUUGGAAAAUGUAGAAUGGCCACUGUCAGACUAUGACAAGUUGGAUUCUUACAACGAGACGGAGUGUAGACGUUCUUGCAUGAAUGAUUGUAACUGUGCAGUGGCUGUAUUGUUGAAGGGAUCAUGUUGGAAAAAGAGACUACCGCUCCCAAAUGGUAGACUGGAUACUUCUGUGAAAAGAAUUGCUCUAAUCAAAGUAAGGAAGGAUGGUGGUUCACAAGAUACCGGUCCAGGUAAAGAUCGGUCUACGCUAGUUCUGAUAUUGUCGCUGCUUUUAGGCAGCUCAGUAAUUUUCAGUUUCAUACUUUUAGCAGCAAUCUUUCUGGUUUUCUUUUCUAUGAACAAAAAAUUGAGUAAAAGAAACCAAAACUCUAGUGUUCUGAGAUCCAAUCUUCGUUCAUUUACUUACCAAGAACUUGAAGAAGCCACAGAUGGGUUCAAGGAAGAGUUAGGAAGGGGUGCUUUUGGUAUAGUCUAUAAAGGGUUCAUAGAGGAAAUGGGUUCAACAAAUUCCGUUGCAGUAAAGAAGCUAGACAAGGUGUUUCAAGAAGGCGAAAAGGAAUUCAAAAGCGAAGUAAGCGCAAUUGGAGGAACGGAUCACAGAAAUCUUGUUCGACUGCUUGGGUUCUGCGACGAGGGACAACACAGGCUUCUCGUGUAUGAGUUCAUGAGUAACAACAGUUUGGCAUAUCACCUCUUCGGAAUUGCUAAACCAGAUUGGAACCAAAGAGUCCAAAUUGCAUUUGGUAUAUCAAGAGGACUCAUGUAUUUGCACGAAGAGUGCAACAACCAAAUCAUUCAUUGUGAUAUAAAACCUCAAAACAUACUACUGGAUGACAAUUUUAUUGCCAGGAUUUCAGACUUCGGAUUGGCGAAACUAUUAAUGAAUAACCAAACUCAAACUCUGACAGGGAUUAGAGGUACUAGAGGCUAUGUAGCCCCGGAGUGGUUUAGGAAUGCGCCAAUCUCAGCGAAAGUGGAUGUUUAUAGUUUUGGCGUAAUGCUACUUGAGAUUAUUUGUUGCAGGAAGGGAGUGGAACUGGAUAUAGGAGAAGAAGAUAAGAAAAUCAUUCUCACGGAUUGGGCAUAUGAGUGCUUCAAACAAGGAAAAUUACAAGAUCUGGUGGAUGAUGAGGAUGUGAUAAACAACAUGGUAACAUUCAAGAGGCUGGUAAUGAUAGCUAUAUGGUGUAUUCAAGAAGAACCAUCACUUCGGCCGUCAAUGAAGAAAGUAACACAAAUGCUAGAAGGAGUAGUUGAAGUUUCUGUGCCCCCAUGUCCUUAUCAACUGAGCACAUAUGUUGGAAACAAUAGCAAAGAUGACUAGUUGUACAUUGAAUCCUAUAUAAUUGAUGUAUCUUUUCAUGUCAGUAAUGAUGUUCUUAAUGUUUUACCAUUUCAGUUUAUGGACGAGUAUAUAUUGCCCCAGUCUGACAUGAAUUACUAUAUGUAUUACUGUUUUGGCAGAAAUUGCACUC